AGGCGUGGGGGCUGCUAUAAGGAGGCGGGAGCGGCGGGUGGGGCCGCCAGCGCACGCCCGGCCGGCGCCAUGCUCAGCGCCCAAGAGCGCGCCCACGUAGCGCAGGUCUGGGACCUGAUCGCCGGCCACGAGGCGGCCUUCGGGGCGGAGCUGUUGCUCAGGCUCUUCACGGUCUAUCCCAGCACCAAGAUCUACUUCAAGCACCUGGGCGUCUGCCCCGACGAAGCUCAGCUGCUGACCCACGGACAACGCUUGCUCGAGGCGGUGGGCGUGGCCGUGCAACACACGGACCACCUGCGCGCCGCCCUGAGCCCGCUGGCCGACCUGCACGCGCAAGUGCUACGCGUGGACCCCGCCAACUUCCCUCUGCUGAUCCAGUGUUUCCAUGUGAUGCUGGCCUCCCACCUGCAGGGCGAGUUCACCGUGCAGAUGCAGGCGGCGUGGGACAAGUUCUUGACCGAAGUAGCCAUGGUGCUGACUGAGAAGUACCAAUGAGUCCCCUGCCCCACCGGCUUAGGUCUGUGCGUGUCAAUAAACAGGCCUCAAAUGGCCGGACCCUG